UCCCCCUCUGUAAAGUGGGGGCAAUGACGGCUGGGUUCUCUUCCCAGCUCUGGGAGAGGAAUGGGGUCUAAUGGUUAAAGCAGGAGGGUUGGAAGCCAGGACUCCUGGGCUCUAUUCCCAGCUCCAGAAGAGCUGUGUCUCCAGCUGGCUAAAACAGGGUGGGAGGCUCAGAGUCAGGACCCCUUCGUUUAGAACCUGCUCUGUGGGGGGGUGUUGCCCCUUCAUUUCUCUGGGUCUCUUUCAGCUCCGUAUGGGACUCGACACCACAGAGAUGGAGCCUGAGAUGAGCACCUACGGCCCCUUCUAUCCCCCUUGCAGCAUGGAGGCCGGGGACCCUGUCAGCACGCAGGGGCCAUAUGCUGCCCUGGGCCAGCCCUGCUGGGGCCCUGAGGGGAACCCAGCCCAGCAGGGCCAGCAGCCCAGGGCAGCGGGGGGCCCCUAUGGGCUCUGGCCCCAGAGGAUUGAGCCAGCCCACCGCAGGCUGGACCCCUUUGCCCAAGCCUUCCCCAACCUGCCUUUCGGGAAGCCGUGGGUGCUGGGGACUCAGGCAUCCAGGAGCCAGGGCUGCAGCCUGCAGGAGAUAAUGGCCCAGCCGCCCCCUAUUGCCCCACAGGAGGGAUACCCCCCUGGCAGCCCCCUGCUGCUGCAGCUCCCUGGAGGCCAGCUGGAGGGGUCAGGGCCUCCUCUGUCCUACUGCAGCCUCCCAGAGAGGCAGGGGCAGGGCGGAGGUGGAUACGGGCAGCAGCGCAAGGAGCCCCCGCUUUCGUGUCUAUACCAAGAGAACCAGUCUGCUAGCUACAGCCCCCCAGAAGGCUACCCGGGGCCCGCUCCCCAGGGGCUUGCAGGCCCUGAGACGUACGCUGGGCUCCUGGGCCCCCCUGACUGGCUCCCUGAUGCCGCCCCCAGCCUCUGCUGCUACCAGGACACUGAGCGCUACUGCAAGGGGCUGGAGUUUCUCCCUGCUGGUUUUGCCCCAUGGCCGGGGGUCUCCCCUGGGGAUCCGGAUUCAGAGGUCGCUGCUGCCAGGCUAGGGCAUGAGCAGAGCCCCCCACUGGCAGGCCACACUGCCACCCCCCAGGUUUCUGGGAGCUCCUUGGCCUCCAGUUAUCGAGGCACUCCUUAUUGGAGCCGGAUGCACUGGGCCAGGGGCCCCCCGCACUACACACCACCCCCCAUGCUCAACCCGCUGCGCCGAGGCACUGGGCUGUUUGCUGAGCUGAGCGCCUCGCUAGGUGGUGGCAGCCCCGACCCCCUCCAGCACCUGGACACCCCACAGAUAAACGUGGGCCCCGCCUUCCAGCCGGCACUGCCAGUGCUGCGGGACCCACACCUGGCCCAGCUGGACCCCCCACAGGCUGAACUGGCCUGGAGGCCCUGGCCAGGGCUGGAGCAGGAUGCAGAGACCCAACGCCAAGUGGAGACACUGCUGGACGUGGCUUGCUCCAGCGCCCUCCCCGGGGGUGGCACCAAUCAGGAGCUGGCAUUGCACUGCCUGUGCCAGGCUGGCGGGAAUGUCAUGGUUGCCUUGGAGACUCUGUUGCUGCGAACCCCAGUGUGGCCCAAAUGUCACCCUCUGGCCAGUUACCAUUACACAGGCAGUGAUGUGUGGAGUACCCACGAGCGCCGCCUCUUCUCCAAAGCCUUCGCCCUGCACAGGAAGGACUUUGCCCAGAUCCAACGUGCGGUGCCCUCCAAGCGGCUGGCCCAGUGCGUGGAGUUCUAUUACCUGCACAAGAGCCGGCUGCGGCGCAGUCACAAACGAAGUGGUGCCGGGUCAGAGUCGGGCGCCAUCGUAGGCAGGGCCGGCCCCGGGCAGCCACCACCUACCCCAGAGCUCCCUCAGGACUCCCCCCCCGGCUCCAGCUUCCCCUGCAAACGUUGUGGCAAGACGUUCUACAAGAUCAAGAGCCGAAAUGCCCACAUGAAGAUCCAUCGGCAGCAGGACGACUGGGGUGGGCAGGGGGGAAUGCUGGGACCUGGCACUCUCCCUGCCCCUCAUGUGGGGUGCCCCCCCUGGGCCAACACAGAGCCAGCCGAGCCCGUUGCUGAGGCCCUGGCCUGCCCCGGGCUGGGGCUGCUCUAUGGGAGGGACAUGGAGCAGCUCUUCAUGUGAUGGGGGGCAGGACCCCUCCCUUGGCCUGGCAUGGAGAGCCCCACCUUCCAAGAGUUUGCCCCACUGGGGGCCAAGGGGCUGUGGUCUCCUCAUGGGGAGCACAAGGUUAUAGGAGCCCCCUGCCAUGAGGGCAGGACCUGCCCCUACAAGAGACUCCAUCCAGGCUCAGCCUGGCCCCUGCACUGCCCCCUAUGCCUGGGCAGCUGCCUGUAGGGCAUAACCACUGGGACAUGUGGGGCAGCGGCAGUGGGCUGAGGGGCAGAGAGACAGCAGGGGUAAUGGGGGGUAGGCGCUUUAUUGAGGAUAUAACAUGCUUAUUGCUGUAACAGCCACCACGUUCAUGCAACAGCCACGCACACAAUAUGGACACACAGGGCUCCCUGAAGCCGGGGAGGGGGAUCCCAGCCCACUGAUGAGUGGGGUGGGUGGGGGGAGGAACAUUGUGUCGCACUCUCUCUCAGCUCCACCGUCCUUAGGAGCCCUGCCCAGCAGGGCAGGAUCAGAGCCGCCAUCCUCAGGCGCCAUGCAGAGGGGCUAGGACCCCCUAGGAGCUGCUGGGCAGGGGGAACGUGUCCUGGAGGGGCUCACUGGGAACAAAUCCUGGAGCAGCUGCCUCUCUGGGGGCAGGGUCUGACUUCCAGGCAGUAGCAACUGAGGAUGUUGGGCUGGGGGGGCUCCCUCAGCAGGGAGCAGCAGCACUGGAGAUGCUGGGAUAGAGGCUGCUCCGCCAGUGGGGUGGGGGCUGGGGGCAGGGCCCCUGCACGUCACAAUAAAUAAAGCAGUCUGGGGCGUUCAGUCCCCAAGUCCAUUA